UUAUCUUAGUGGCUGUGACGUGAUAUUGCAGCCCCAGUCCUAAGCAGGGUGAGCGAGCAGAGCGGUUUCUAUCUCUCCUCCAUACUUACUCAGUAUUCAAACAUCCGUCCGCUAAGGAUUUUUUUGGACUACUUGCUGCUUCGUCUUGAUAGGCUAAUAUAUCUGGAGAAAAGACACGAAGGGACCCGUCGACGAUCCAUAGAGGUAUACCUUCACGGUAAUUUGGUAGGUUUUUGUCCCCCCAAUUAUUCUACUAUUCCUCUAUUGGGCUGUCGCGAGUUGUUUCGCUUCUCACUGGGUCCGUUUUGAUGGAAAAAAGCGACGCGGAGGAGAUGAUCCAGACCGGAGUCUAACGCAUUUUUUUUUUGUCCAUUGACGAUCAUCUUGUUGCAUUGGACUUCUAUUGUGGGCUAUGGGAAGUAUCGAUUCGCACGGAGACAGCACAUUUUGCUCUUCAUAAAGGAUGUGGUCAAGUAUUUUGGAAAAAUAGCCAUAGCUUCCGGAGUGUAAGGCCAAAUGACAUAGGAUGAAGGCUAUUCGUAACCAGUUGAUUUAUAUAUUUUCCACCUAUCUCCUGGUUAUGUUUGGAUUAACUGGUGCACAAGACUACUGGUGUUCCACUUUGGUCAAAGGGGUCAUAUAUGGAUCUUACUCAGUGACUGAGAUGUUUCCCAAGAACUACACAAAUUGCACAUGGACGUUGGAGAACCCUGACCCUACCAAAUACAGCAUCUACCUUAAACUAUACAAACGAGACUUGAGCUGCUCCGAGUUCUCUUUGCUUGCUUAUCAAUUCGAUCACUACUCACACGAGAAGAUCAAUGAAUUGCUGAAAAACAACGAGUCUAUAGUGUACCUGUGUGAUUCCAAGAAUAUGUAUAUAUUUUUGCAGUAUGACAAGAAUUUUGUGCAGCUACGGAGGGUUUUCCCUUACGAUUAUAACGGAUUGCAGAAGACGGACGAAGAGGAGAAGUCUGUGGUGGAAUUCUUGGUCUUGAACAAGGCGAGCCCCAGUCAAUUUGGAUGUCAGGUGCUGUGCACGUGGCUGGAAAACUGCCUGAAAUCGGAGAAAGGAACUGUGGAAUCAUGUGGAAUAGUGUAUACGAAAUGCACCUGUCCCCAGCACCUAGGCGACGGAGAAUCAGAAAGUAUGCUUUUGCUUAACAACGUGGUUUUGCCUUUAAAUCCCCAAACGGAGGGAUGCCUGACUCCACAAAUCCGUGCUGGGCAGGUGUGCAACAUCAGUGCAGAGGUUAAACGACCAGCAAAGGAGGAAUAUGGAAUGAUCGGCGAACAUACUGUAAAAAGUCAGCGACCCAGAUCAGUCUUUGACACAAAGGCCCUGCAGGAGCAAGCUGAAUCUGCUAAAUUUAUGGCACAAACUGGUGAAUCUGGUGCAGAGGAGUGGUCCCAGUGGAGCUCAUGCUCAGUUUCAUGCGGCCAAGGGUCGCAGGUGCGAACAAGAACAUGUGGUUCACCAUACGGAACACACUGCAGCGGCCCUUUAAGAGAGUCAAGGGUUUGCAAUAACACUGUCCCCUGUCCAGUGCAUGGCGUCUGGGAGGAGUGGUCACCAUGGAGCCUGUGUUCGUUUACGUGUGGGCGUGGCCACCGCACUAGGAACAGGAUGUGUGCCCCGCCCCAACAUGGAGGGAGAGCCUGUGACGGGCCUGAGACCCAGAGCAAACUCUGCAACAUCGCCCUCUGUCCAGUGGACGGCCAGUGGCAGGAGUGGAGCCUGUGGAGUGACUGUUCAGUGACCUGUGCCAACGGGACCCAGCAGAGGACCAGACAAUGCUCAGCCGCAGCCCACGGUGGGUCGGAGUGUCGUGGCCACUGGGCAGAGAGCAGAGAGUGUUACAAUCCAGACUGCACAGGUAACACACUGACUGGGCCACUUAGCUAUUAAUGCCAUCAUCAUCAUCAUCAUCGCCAUCAUCAUCACUAUCAUCAUCAUCAUCACCACCACCAUCAUCAUCACCAUCAUCAUCA